GAAAGGUUGGAUGUGGUGCUUAGGGACACGGUUCAGUGGGUGAUAUUGGUGUAGGGGGUAACAAUUCUGUGAGUCUUUGAUUGCUGCAGCACGUUGGCUGGGUACCAGAAAGCCAGGAAAUGGGGCCAAAACCAGAUCCCAGCCACCGACUUAAACACAUGCCCCGUGCUUUUCACAUUUCCGCAUUUUUGCACGAAGGCCGGCCGCAUAGCGCGCACGCACUCAUGCAGGUCACAUGUCACGACAAGAGCGCACCCAGGCAGGCACAUCACGUGUCACGACAAGCGCGCCCCCGCAGCACGGCGCCCCCUCCGCCCGGCACGCCAGAGGUUAACGGCCGCGCAGCCGCACUUGCCGGGCCGCGCGCCCCCCGCCUUGGCUGGGAUUGGCCCGCGGCGGGGGUGCGCCUGGUGCGUCACUCUUGCCCGUCGCGCUCACUGGUUGCGGAGUGGCCCUGGAAUGCCGGGGCGAGAGGCAGAGAUGCAUCCCGUCCUGAAGGCCUUCGUCUGCGGCUCCAUCAGCGGGACCUGCUCCACGCUUCUCUUUCAGCCCCUCGACCUGCUGAAGACCCGCCUGCAGAUCCUGCAGCCCCCCGCGGGCGGUCUUUUGCAAGAUGCAUUCCUGGGGUUGGGAUUUACUUCAGCACUUUGUACACAAUGAAGCAAAAUCUUCUAGUGGACCGUUCACCCACAGCCCUGGAGUCUGUCUUUCUGGGUGCCACUGCACGUGCAAUAUCAGGGAUUUGCAUGUUGCCAGUAACUAUAGUGAAGACCCGGUAUGAGAGUGGAAGGUUUGGCUAUAGGAGUGUAUACGGAGCUCUGAAGAAUAUUUAUCAGACAGAAGGGGCUCGUGGCAUGUUCAGUGGGAUCACCGCAACGCUGCUGCGGGAUGCACCAUUCUCUGGGAUUUACCUGAUGUUCUACACACAGACCAAAAAACUCACACCUCAGGACCAGCUGGAUCCAGUGCUCAUGCCCUUGAUGAAUUUUGGCUGUGGGAUCUUUGCGGGAAUCUUGGCUUCACUGGCAACACAGCCUGCUGAUGUCAUCAAAACACACAUGCAGCUGUCCCCUGAAAAGUACUGCAGGACGAGCCAGGCCAUUGCCUUCAUCUACAAGGACUUUGGGCUGGUCGGCUUUUUCCGAGGUGGAGUGCCCCGUGCCCUCAGGCGUACUUUGAUGGCAGCAAUGGCAUGGACUGUAUAUGAACAGAUGAUGGAAAAAAUGGGCUUGAAAUCUUGACUGACUUGCACUAAAACUGACCAGCUUCACUCCUUUUCCUGCUUGCUGUGAUCAGCUGGCACUGGGAAGUUCCCAGUUGCACAGAGGAAUAAGUCUUACUCAGUUGGGAGGAAGAAAGUCCUUCUGAGACAGAGGAUUAGGCCUUUUGGCAAGUAGGGGAAGGAAGAGUUGAAUCUUUGCAUCAUUUGAUCAAUGCAUUCCAGAAGGACUGUACUUGCAGACUUCCUUGGGAAAUGGCAGGGUUUCCGCAGCCUGGUGUCUGUGCUGAGAGAAGGCUAUUUUAAAGAUUGCUCUGUGCUCACCACCUUAAUGCAACGAGAAAUUGCUGAACAGAAGUGUUUGAGGAGAAAACAGCAAGGACAAUGCUGAUUGCAGAACCUGCCAGCCUGUUCCUUGCUGGUGUGGCCAGUAAGGCCACUGUGAUCCACCAUCUGCUGUAGAUCCUCCUUCCUCGUAUGCUUUGUUCUCACAGGGGAACACUGCAGACCCAGUCAGGAGGCUGGAUUUGUCUCUUGAGGUUUACAAUGCAGGAGUGGGUGGAAGAGAAUGAAGUGCUGAAGGAAAGCUCUGUCAUCAUUUUUGUACUGUGCUUGAUAGCAGAGAAGGUAACUCAAGCCUCCUAGCUGUGUCAUAUGCCACUGUGUAACCGAGUAUCUUAACACUUCAAAUGUGCUUCUACGGCUACAGCAGCAUUUGCACUAGAAUUAAGAAGCAUAAGAUGCUUCAAAGCAGAAGUAGAGAGCGUGCUAGUUGCUACCAAAAUUCUACUCAUUCCCUGAAAAACACUUUUCCUGAUGAUCUGAUUACAUCAGGAAUACUCAAAUUUUUUUUAUCCAGUUGUACUAGAGACUUAUUUGCUUCCUAUUAUUUGUUUGAUCCCUGAUCUACAUUCUGUGUGAGCUGGUCCUUAGAUGUAGCUUUUAGGAUCAUGGCUUCUAGUGCAUAAAUGUAUAAUGGAAGCAGAUACAGAUACUGACACUUAAGAUUUCUCUCAGAAGCCGUUACUGAUUGCAUGUGGAAUAUCUUUAGUUUGGGAGAGAAAAGGCUGUUCUUUUCUGCAAGCUUUCUCCAAAGUUUGAGGUGUCUGAGUGUUUGGUAGGGAACUUUAAUUCUAUUUAUGUUCCACACAAACUCUGGGUGGGUUCUGAGAUGAUUGUUUUCUCUUAGCAGGUUCAUCUAUUCAUGUUUCAGUAUUCCUGAGUUUAAGCUUGGAGAUCAAAUACACUUUUUUUCAUCAACUGUGCCUCUUUCCUCAUUCCUACUCCAGACCUAAUAGCAUGUGCUUUCCAAUCUUGGGUACAGCCUGCUCCCCUCUUCACUUGUACCUCUGUGGGCUGGCUGAAUUGGGACUCUUGCAGCUUUGCUGGUGUUGUCACAAAGCUAGGCAUGGAAGUAUGUGUCCUGUUCUGUAGUGUACCUUGCAGAAAACAUAGCAUUGGUUUUUAUUAAAUAUCUAGUGGUAUUAAAAUUCACUUUAAAAACAGAGUAGGUGUCUCUAAAUAUGAAGAUGUGGCACACUUUAGCUGUAUGAACUGGUUUGACCUGUUGUUCUUAAUACUUAAAAUGCAACUUGCAUAAUCAGCGCCUGCUCUGGCAGUCUCCUGACCACAAGAACAGAAGGGAUGUGGGUUGUAAAAGAUGUUCUUCAACAGAUUCCAGCUGCAAGAAGCUUUGAUGAUUGACGUGAAAGUGAAGGCGUAGAAAAGCUUAAGGGACAAGCUGGCAGAUUGUCAGGUGAGUGGCUGGAUCACUUGCCAAAUCCUGAAUAAGAGCAGUUCCCCUUUUUGCAGCCCCUCUUACCCUCUUACUUGAACUUACAAACGCACGUGGAACAGUGGUAACUGCACAUGUUGCUGUUUGUUACCCUGAGUACUGCUGACAGAGCUGGAGAACCAAGUCUAGAUUACUGACCUGGCAGAGUUUUCUAUUCUGCUAUGCAUGGGGUCAAAGCCUGAAUUUAUUUGGGGUUUCUCAAUCUGGUGCGUGAGGUAGAUGUGUUGUUCACCUUGGGUUGUGGCAGUCAAGGGCUGCACAUGGUGUUGCCUGCAAGAUGCUUCACAAAUAUUUUAGUUGCUGAUUAAGCAAUUGCAAAGUAGUAUGCAGCUUGUGCAGAUAGAAGCUUAAUGAGGCAUGUGGGCAAAGAGUGCCAGGUGAUAAAUCUUGUAUUAAGUAAUGUCCUCAUCAGAAAUCUGAAAUGCAGGACUGCUUUGGUGGCUUUCAUGCCCUCUAUUCCUGCCUGGUCACGUAACAAAGGAGGAACUAGAGAAUCUAUUCAGACCUGCUGGUGUCUUAAAAUCUACUGCCCUAAAGCAGUAUUAGCUUUUUCUUUUGGAAGGCUCUUCUAUUCCCUUCACUUCAUAGAGAAUGAGGAAGCUCUUAGUUGUUGCAGUAGAGUGAAAAGGUGUAUGUCUUUCACUUGUGAACUAGUUGGGGCUCUUUGGACUUUUACAAAUAGAGAAUCUAAACUGCACUGUGCUUCAUCAACCCUUAGUGCUGCAAAUCCAAAGACUUCUCUCACACAAGCUGGGAAUAGUGAGUUUUGUGGUACAGGUUUGUUUGUUUUUAUUUCUUUUGUCACUUCCCUUACAUAUAGGGGAAGGGAAAGCUUGAAGUUCUUUCUACUUCACAAUCUGAAAGCUGUAUCAGGCAGAUACAAGACUUUCUCAGCUCACUUUAUCAUCUUUCACCCUUUUCCUUUUUCAAAAAAAAAGACAUUGUUUCUAAACUGAUGAGUUGAAGUUACUUUUCAAUAGUUAUGGUGAGUGUUUAGCUAUGUUUCUGGUGAGGUUGUAUGCUUCUAAUAAACAACAAAUGGUCACUGUACAACCUAAACACAAAAACCAGAGACAGUCCCAGAGGCAGGUACUGAAUCACCUACCUCCAUCACCCCAACAAUUCAGCACUAACAAUCCCAUUAGAUAAUCAUUUACAAAAUCUAAGCUAAGAUGGCUUUGGAGAAGGUGGUGUGAUGAAGUGUGAGCCUUUUUCUAUUAUGGCAGGAUCACAGUCAGAUCCCUCUCUGGGUGACCUCAGUUGCUGGCAAUGCACUCUUAGUGAGUGUGCAUUGGCUCUGUUUGCCCCUGCAACUGUGGUAUAAGAAUGCAACUGGCUAACACGUUGAGGCAGUCAGUAUUUAACUGACUUGUAAAGACACAAGAGAAAUAGCCUGGUUAUUUAUUUGUUUCAUGUUAUUGCUGUUCUGCCUGUGGUGGUCAUAUCUUUUUUUCUCUUGCACUGUUUAAAACAGAACUGGAGCUUUUGAACAUUUUAUAGGUUUGAGUGUUUUGAGUGUAUGUCUACAUAAAAUGUUUGUGAUAAAGUCUAUAUUUCUAUUAAAAGCUGUGGUUGCCA